UCUAAAUUGUUCAUCUUGUAUAAAUCAUCAAUAAUACCAAUCGUAGUAACAAUCAUAAUAAUCAAAUACGAAUUGAUAUCUCAUCGGGAAGUAAAAUGAAUUUUUUGCGCUUAUAUCAAUGGGUUUCGCUUCAUUGAAUCAAAUCCCAGAAAAGCUCGCGUACGUCCAACGGAGAUCCCCUAGGCUGGCUUUCUCGGCGGGACUCUGCAUACAAACGUUCUCCCGGCGGACUCGGCGAUCCGCUAGGCUGGCUUUCUCUCUCUACUCUCUCUCUCUCCAGAAAACGGAGAACAACUUACUAGGUCAUUGCCGCCGUCACCAUCACCACCCCCGUCAUUUAUCUAUUCAUACAUGCAAACAAUCUCAAUUCGAUUUGUUUCUGUUUCCAAAAAAGUUUUACGCAAACGGCUCUUUGACUUCGAUCGAAUUGAAAACCUUUAUAGUUUCGUCCGAAUAUAAUAUGGUUGUGCAUCGUGUGUAUGGUUGCAGAGGAAUUCGAUAGACUCAUGCACGGUUUGGUCGUUUUGAUUUGAAGAAUAAGCUUUUCGGAGCGAUGAUGGACAAGAAGAAGUAUCCGCUUGGACCAGAGCACUAUACUCUGUACGAGGAGGUAGGGCAAGGUGUAAGCGCUUCGGUUCAUCGAGCCGUAUGCAUUCCGCUCGACGAGAUCGUCGCCAUCAAAAUCCUCGAUUUCGAACGCCACAAUGCUGAUCUGAAUAUGAUAUCUCGUGAAGCACAGACCAUGAUCCUGGUUGACCACCCAAAUGUUCUUAAAGCGCACUGCUCAUUUGUAAGUGAUCAUAACCUUUGGGUUGUCAUGCCAUUCAUGGCCGGGGGUUCUUGUCUCCACAUAUUGAAGGCUGUAUAUCCAGAUGGUUUUGAAGAGGUUGUUAUAGCAACUGUUUUGCGUGAGGUGUUGAAGGGCUUGGAGUAUCUUCACGAUCAUGGACACAUUCAUCGGGAUGUCAAGGCUGGAAAUAUUCUGAUUAGUGAACGCGGUGCAAUAAAGCUAGGAGAUUUUGGCGUAUCUGCCUGCUUGUUUGAUCUGGAGAAUACACAACGGGUGAGGAAGACAUUUGUGGGGACACCGUGCUGGAUGGCACCCGAGGUUAUGGAGCAAUUGCAUGGUUAUGACUUCAAGGCUGAUAUCUGGUCUUUUGGAAUAACUGCUUUAGAGCUUGCCCAUGGCCAUGCUCCUUUCUCUAAAGAUCCUCCAAUGAAGGUAUUGCUUAGGACCUUGCAAAAUGCACCUCCUGGCCUUGAUUAUGAGAGAGACAACAAGUUUUCCAAGUCCUUUAAGCAGAUGAUUGCUAGUUGCCUGGUAAAAGAUCCUUCAAAACGGCCUUGUUCAAAAAAGUUGUUAAAGCAUUCCUUCUUCAAGAAAGCUAGAUCAAAUGAUUAUAUAGCACGAACACUUUUGGAGGGGCUUCCCGAUCUUGGUGAUCGUCUUAAGGCUUUGAAGAUAAAAGAAGAAGAUAUGGUUGCACAAAAGAAAAUUCCAGAUGGACAAAAGGAGGAAAUGUCACAGAAUGAAUACAAACGAGGGCUAAGCGAUUGGAACUUCAAUCUUGAAGAUGUGAAGGCUCAGGCUUCAUUGAUCCAGGAUGAGGACAUCAUAUCUGAAAUAGAUCAAGGAGAAUGUUCUUUUACUUCUUCCGGGAUCGACCAUGAAAAGGAACUUCAGCGUCAGUUGUCUUCAGUGUGCCAUAGUUCACAAAUUUCAGAUGUAGAGGAUAAUGAUGCAAUGCAGAGUCAACCAUCUCGUUUAUUAGCAGACUCAACCAUGACUAAUAGCUUAACUAAAUGCGAGAACUAUGAUGAUGAUGCAAGCAUUCGUAGUUCUACCCAUGAGCCUCAAGUUUCCCAAAAUUCUUCUGCCUGUAUUGAUGAUGUUAUUGAAAGUACUAUGGCGGGAAAACGUGGCUUGGAUGUCAGUAGAAGGCUGGGAGGUUCAUCGGGAAGUAUCAUUUUUCCAGAUGCUUGUUUGCUCCCUAGCAAAGAUGAGAGUGGAGCUCAUGUUUUACCAGUUUUGGAGGAUGCACCUACAGAGAUUCUAUCUAGAGUUUCUAAAACUUCAGCAAACAGUGAUGAACUCGAUGAGAAGGCAAAACCAGUAGUUCAACUAAAGGGACGUUUCAAAGUUACAUCUGAGAAUGUAGAGUUAGAAAAGGUGGCCCCGUCUUCUUUGCUGCAAAAGAGUCACAGCAUGCAGGUGAUUACCCAACAUCCCACCAUUCCUCUUCCAUCACCAACUGAUGCUACACCAUCAAAUCCGCAUUCCUUUUUCCCGAUUUUGCAGUCUGUUCUAGAAACAAAUAUUCACGAAAGGGGGAGAAUUCUAAGCCUAAUGAAGCAAGUAUCUGCUUGUGAUUUUACUGCCAACCAUGCAGUUGAUGGAGGAUGUACUCCAGUGAACAUAGCACCGACAGAGAAAUCAUUGUUGGAGGCAGCUCAUGACAGGGAAAAAGAGCUACUUCAUGAGAUAACUGACUUGCAACGGAGGCUAAUAUGUGCCCAAGAAGAACUUCAGAAAUAUAAAACACAAAAUCCUCAGGUAUGAUUUCAUUCUUUAAAUGGCACGAGACAGAUGAAGAACAAGAUUGACACCACUGCGCCCUAACCAAAAAGGAGAGAAAAUAAGGUGAUGACUAUGACGAACAGUCUCGGGUACGCUUGUUUUAUCUAGUUUAUGAGAAGCUGGCUGUAUAUCUCCAACAAUAUGUGCAGACCUUUGGUAAAAUUGUUCGUACGUACAUAAUCCAAAUGUAAUACAUUUUUUUCAAUUCAUGUAUUCAGAUUUUUGCUGAAGUAGCAAAGAGCUGUUUUCUUGUA